ACGAAGAAGAACAACUGUUGGAACCUAUCGGUGGAACUUUUCUGCUUUAAUCUUCCGGUCAUCGAAUGAACAAAAUCAUUUGGAUUUUAUAACACAGAGAUAAUUUCGCUGUUUCUGCAUUGUAGAGAAAGCAACAAUGAAAGUUGCGCUGUCACACGUUAUCAUUUUCUUUGUACUUUGCGUUUCAUUGGCAACCAGCGGGAUAUUCAACUCUGUUCAGGUGGACUUGACCUAUGACCAUUAUGCCGAGAGAACCGUCGAUUACCUUCCUGCCUUCUUAGCAAUGCCAUUUAACUCUCUGGUAAACUUGGGAUAUAUCGCAAUGGGAAUUUACUGGCUAUUGCAGCGUGUGGGAGACCGGGAAGACAAGAACGCUGCUUAUGUGAAAGACGUGUUUGCUGUCAUGGCAAUAAUGUACGCACCGGUACAGUGGGUCCGGCUGACGUCCCUGAGUCGGCUGCCCGCUGUAUUGGACCAGUGGUUCACGCUGCCCAUUUUUGCGUGGGUGCCGGUUUGGUGUCGGUUCGUUACGCACGGUUGGCGGCCGCGCUACGCGCUGGCUGUGGAGCUGGGCUCUCUGCUCAGCUACGGCUUGGCGCUGGUGCAGCACCGCGGGUUCGAGGUGGCCCUCGGCUGUCAUGUGGCCUUUGCGGUGACGGAAGGCGUGCGGGUUCAGCGGCGCUUUGGGGACGCUCUCUCCCGGCGGUACCUGGCCCUGGCGGUACUGAGCUGCUGUGGAUUCGUAGCCCUGAAGCUGCUGGACCACCCCAUGGCACAGUACCGGCCUUUCCAGUACCUCACCGGACAUUUCUGGUCCAAAGUGUGCGACGUUUACCAGUUUCACUACAGCUUCCGCUUCCUCACACACCUCACGAGCCUGGCACAGAGGCGCAAAGAGUAGAGUAGACAUAUCUCACGUUUCGGAAAGUGGUUUAGUUUAGACCUCCAUCCUUUAUUUUGAAUAAUUUCUAACUAGCAUAGCAAUUGCUGAAUUAUGGGAUGGGGGUAGUUGGCAAAUCUGUGAACUAGUAAUAAUUUAGCCAUUUACCAUAUACCUGUAUACAGAAUUACAUUCACUGUUUAUAUUGUAAAGCAAAUUUACUGAAGGCAUUUAGGGUAAUACAUUGGGUAUCAAGCCUGCAACUUGUAGGUUAUAAGCCAAGUCCAGUUCCUAACCAUUACAGUGAAUCAACACCCUAAUGAUGCAUUUUAAUUUGAUUUCCCUUUUUAAUUCAGUAGUGUUAAUUUCAGUUAAAUUUAGUGUCUAAUGUUGAAAUGUCUACAUUAUUUUCCCCUUUAACGGGUCUGGUGCAGCCCUCACUGGCUGAACUGGUUGUUCAGGUAUUUAUCCCACUGUAGCCCAGUCUAUUUACUUUAGAGAGAAACCUUUGCUUAUAUCAUUCCGCGUGGGCAAAACAUGCUGUUCGUGAGGUAUAACCGGAAUAUAAAAUCAGAUGGCUGUUUAAAACCUGCUCUAAUGCCCUUACAACUGGUUAUUUUUUUUCUUUUUUGGACAAAUAUUUGUCAAUUGUAUCUUUGUAGAAUAACUGUAAAAUUGUACAUGAUUUCUAGUUUAAAAAAUAUAUAUUCUGUUAAUUAAAAUGGAAAAAUUUAUUUCACUGUGAAUACAUACUUUGGUACAUGCAUAAAAUAUCUCCUCAUUACUAAGGACCAGUAAUAUAUAAUAAAAGGUAAAAUUCA